AUGGUUCCCCUGCUCCUGCUGAUGCUGUGGAGCUCAGGAGUCCAGGCUAAAGUGAAACACAAUUCAACAGAGUUUAUGAGGUUGGUGGGAGGAGCCAGUCGCUGUGCAGGCACACUGGAGCUGAAGCAUCAGGGAGAAUGGAGACCAGCCUUUGGUGGAGAGUACUUUCAAAUGAAGGCAGCAGCUGCUCACUACAGACUGUUAUUCUCCGGCAGACUGGAGGUCAACUACAACCAGUCUAACCAGUCCAAGCAGAGCUGGACCUCCGUGUGUGAAGCUGAUUUUGACCAGCAGGAUGCAGAGGUGGUCUGUAGGGAGCUUGGCUGCGGGCCUCCCUCAGCCCUCCAGGGGGCGAUCUAUGGAGACAUGGGGGCUCCAGUGUGGAGCAAAGAGUUCCAGUGUGAAGGCCAUGAGUCUACUCUCCUGGACUGUAGGAGCUCAAACUCUACUAGAAGCAGCUGCUCACCAGGCAAAGCUGUUGGACUCACCUGCUCAGAGCCUAUCAGGUUAGUGGGAGGAGCCAGUCGCUGUGCAGGUACACUGGAAGUGAAAAUAGGAGAAUGGAGACCAGUGGAGGGACUUCAUUGGGCCCUGAAGGAAGCAGCUGUUGCCUGUAAACAGCUGGACUGUGGCUCUGCUCUUGCUAUAAAAGAUAAGCAGUCCUCAAACAGAGCUGUGUGGAGGAUACCAUUGGGCGUUGUUGGAAAGGGAUCCCCUAUGAGGGAGUUUGCAAGUUCAGCUAUCUCUGGCUACACUUUGGAUCUCACAUGCUCAGGGAACCAUGUCACUGACAUCAUUUGUUACAGAAGGAGGUGGGUAGAGCAGACAGUGUUUUUCAUCAUGCUGACUUAUGAGAGAUGA